UAGAGAGAGAGAGGGGGGCAAAAAAAUCUCACGGCAAAAAACAUUGGAGAAGAGGGGGAGGAGGAGAAGGGCAGGGAAGAGGAGAGGGGAGGAGGAGGAGAAGGCGAAGAUGCGUGCUUCGUCGGCGGAGUGGUAGGUGGUGGCGGAGCUUACGCGUGGGUGGAAAAGCUUUCAGAAGGGCCAUCGUACGGGCUGGUUUCCUUCGUGCACCGCCCGCUCUUCGAUCUCGUGGAAGGAGUAGGAGAAUCUCUUCAGAGAAAGUUUUGCCCCUUGGUGUUCAGUGCUGUUUGUGCCCAUUUUCAGAUUCUUGAGCAGAGUUGCAUCUGGUGACCAGCAAGAUGUCAAUUGAAGAGAGAAAAUUAAGUUUGAUAAACAAGUCCACUGCAUUAAAUCCUAAUGCGGUAGAAUUUGUUCCUUCAUGCCUUAGAUCUGUCGGUGAUGCUUCAAACAGAUCGGACACAACCAAGAUUGCUGUCUCAGGGUCCUCCAAGGACAGCAGUGCAGACCAACCGGAGUCCAUCCCAAGUAACCCUGAUGAAGAAGCACAUCGGUAUUGGCAACAACAGCUUCCAGAUGAUAUUACUCCUGAUUUCAAAGUUGUAGAAGAUGAGACUCCUGGACCUGACAGUCUUUCACUCGUGGGCUUGUCAAUGAAUGAUGGCUUUGGUACUUCAGUAUUUUCUCCAAACCAGGCAUCGAGAAUGCAACACCAUGCUUCUCCUUUUGUUAGGGAUGCACUAAAUACGCGUGCAAAGAUGGAAUUUCCUGGCCCAGAACAGUCGCAAGCUACUAUUAUGAGUCCAACUGCAAGUACUAUGAGUCCGACUGCUGCUCCAUGGGUAAAGACAAUAAGAAAUGGUGGACAAUAUAGUACAAACAGACGGGAUGCUAGUCAGUACAAUGGAGAUUCUAGCAUUGGGUCCCCACUGCAAAACACAUCUGAUGCUUAUUACAGAAACAGGCGUAGCUUGAGGUCAACUAUGGACAUCAUGACUCAGCUGGAGCAGAAUAAAGUUGAUGGACGACUCGGUCAGAAUCUCAGGUCACUGUCAUUUGGACAUUCAAGUCCUCCAUCACCAGUAUCAUAUUCUCAAAAUGGUCUUGGGAACUAUAACAAAGAGGCAUUCGGUCUGCCAAACAGUACAUAUAGAUCUCAUUCAGCUAUACUCGCAGAUGAUAUAAUUUCACCUUCAGCUGGUCGUGAACAUGUGUCCCUGGAUUCUCCGAGAGGGAGAUACAAGACGACCAAUUUGCCUGUUUCUGGUCUUGGUUCAAGCAGAGGCUCUCAGCUGCUGUCUGGCUCGUACAACGGUAAUCAUGAUAUGAUCUCAAACAACGCACUGCAAAACAUUACUGGAGUUCAAACAGGACCAAGCUGGCUUGAAACUGAUGCUACGGCGAACAUGUUUUUGGAAAAGGAUGAAGUUCAUGAUUUUGCAAGUCUAAGACAUGCACUUCUUGAACAGCAGGAUAGGCAAGCUUUUCUAACUGGUGGCAAUCCUUUAGCAAAGGACCUAAAUCUUAAGGAGCUAUAUGCUAUCCAAAGCAGAUUAGCUCAGGAGAAGGCCAGAGAAACAAUGUAUCACCAGAGAUUCCCAAUGCCAGAGUUGCAAGGCCUCAUCCAGGAGCAGAAUCCCCCAAUCGACCUUUGUGGUCUUCACGCAAGUGAGGCGAUGCACGUCCUGAACUAUGAGCUCAACAAUCGGAGGAAGAUUGCUCGUUCCACUGGCCGCCGGCUUCAGGUCAUCAUAAUAUCAAGCGCCCGUUCCGCCCCGGCUAGGCUGACCGCUGCCGUCGAGCAGUACCUCCUGGAGCACGGCCUUCAGUAUACGCAGGCACAGCCAGGUCUCUUCCGUAUCCUCCUGCCGUGAAGUAGCAGGAUGGUGGUCGGCUCUAGCUGUUUGUGUACACAAUCAGCUGAAAGAAAAGGUAGGAAAAAAAAGAAUGACUUGUACUUCUGUAUAUGGCAGAGAUGAGUAGCAGAAUAGAAAUGAUACAGCAAUAGUCCUUGUAAUGUUGGUAUAUCAGGGUUUUUUUUUGUCAGCAAAUAACUUGUAAAAUUUGCGGAAUUAGGGGAUAUGUUCUUUCACUGUGGCGGUGGGAAUGUUGCAUCUAUCAUGCCUUGACGCUGCUGCCCGGUAUUGAAGCGUGUUCGUCUGGA